UUGUCUGUAUACCUUUGGCUUCUACAAUUUUACUUUCGGUUCGUCGGAAGCUGCGUACUUUGUCCUGCUGGUUGAAGAAACGAUUGAAACGUGUCAAAAUGAAGCUCUUCCUCGUCUCGGCAUUCCUCUUCGUGUCUAUGGAUCUCGGAGUCUCCAUGAAGGAAAAGAACGAAAAAGCCCCUCAGGUUCAGGUGUACAGCCGACUGCCCGGAAACUUUGGAAUAAAGAACACUCUGAUCUGUCACACCAGCGGCUUCCACCCCCCAGAAAUCUCCAUUAAGCUGCUGAAGAAUGGAGCUGAGAUGGAGAGCAAGCAGACCGAUCUGGCCUUUGAGGAGAACUGGCAUUACCACCUGACCAAACACGCUGUCUUCACUCCAGAGAAAGGAGAGACUUACACUUGUGUGGUCUCUCACACAACAGGCACCAAGACAUACAACUGGGAGCCGGAUAUGUGAGUCCUGCCCAAAGAAGAGCGCCCCCUGAUGACAGCCAGGACAGCCCGUACUCCCCCACAACACUGCUCAGGAAGACGCAAUGAAGAUGGUGGAAGACGACCAGAACCCGACUCCACUUCUCUUUGCGUUUAGACCCAGAACUGUCGAUGAGUUUGAUUUGACCGCAAAAUGCAGAGAAAUAGAGGAUCUGUACGCUUUUCUGAGCUCACUCUUUAAGCCUUUAACACCGGAGAUAUUAUUCUGACGAACAGAAAAGCAGCUUCUCAUAUCGCCUUUUCACUAAUAAUCAACACAUUACUAACGUAAAAUGUGCUUAUUAGCACAAAGCUGCUUUCCUCAGCUGAAAUUAUGUAAACAGUUGAAAAGUUGCAGCUGUCAAAGUAACGUCCACACUGGAGGCUAAUGCUCCGGAGUUAAAGGAUUAACGACUUUCUAAUCAGAACUUCAACAACCAAAUAAUUUGCUAAGAAACUUCUAUUUUACUAGAAAAGCGUCACUGCAACUUAAAAUAAAGUUAAAUAAAAAAUCUAGCUGUCAUGAGGCAAAAACUUUAUCAUUCAUAACAAUCAAAUGUAAGUUUACGCAAUUUCUUUUUACCUUAUUGAGUCUGUAAAAGCUCAGCGAUUUUUGCCUUAUUUAACUACCUGUGGUGGAUGUUUGCACUUUGCCUUACGGAUCACUUAUAGAUGUAAUUCUUGUGUGUUUUAUGUAACAUCUGUUUCUAAACUGUCAAACAGUUCAAAUGAAAUUCUGUCUUUAUUUUUGGAUUAAACCUUAAAUCUUCAGUAACA